AUGAAGAUCACCAAGCUCUUCGGCGUUGCGGUCGCUGCCUAUGCAGCCAUGACCAUUGCGACUGCUCCCAACCUUGCUGCCCGUGACGAAGCUAUCGGCUCCUUGGCCGCUCGAGGCUUCUCUCAUGAAGAAAUCACCGAUCUCAUGAAUCUCUUGCCUCGUCAAGAUGCCGCUGCUACAGUCACUGUCUACCCUACCACUUGCGCCCCGUAUGGUGUUCCACCGGUCUCUGAGCCUGCUCCUCCCCCACCUGCCACCGCAUCUCAGGUCACGAUCACUUCCUCCUUUACUAUGACUUCUACCGUCAUUACCCCUUCAACCACCCCCAUCACUCCCGCGACUUCUCUCGAGCCGCCAUCUGCUCCAGUCGUGCCCCCACCAACCACUCCAAACGUCGAGACUCCAGGUGUCCCGCCCGCUAGCACUCCAGUUGAAACCAGUGUUUCAGUCACACCAGUUCCAACUACCCCGAGUCCAGCCACCGAUAGCAGCUCCGUUGUCCAGACUACGACCUCCUCGGCACUCACUCAUACGAGCAUCUCGACUGCAACUUCUACUCACACCACCAUGACAGCCUCCACGUCCACUGGCAUUCCACCUGCUCCUAGCAAUGGUGCCAACAGUGCCGCAGUCAAUCUUGGUGUCCUUGGUGUGUUUGCCGUCCUGGCUAUGGCCUGA